AUGGGAAAGAAGAAGACCCCCAUAGAGGAAACCUCUGUAAUCCGAAUAACCAAGAUACUUGAGAAGUUUAAGGACGCAGAAGAUGAAGCUUUUGAGUGUAUUUUCUGGUUGUUUUCAAGGUAUAUACGAUUGGUGAAAUUGCUUGACCCGGAUUGUAAAGUAGAGGACUUCUUGCAAAAGACAUUGGACCCUCCUGUUUCUGAAGCUGUACGUAAUGCAGUUAGAGUGCUUCAAGAUAUUGGGGCAUUUCCGCAAGAUGAGGAACUGACGGAACUUGGAGAGAAGCUUGGUUAUCUUCCUGUUCAUCCAUUGACAUGCAAGAUGCUUUUCUUUGCGAUAUUGAUGAAUUGCCUUGGUCCAGCUUUGACACUAGCAUGUGCUUCAGACUUCAAGGAUCCAUUUGUCCUUCCCAUGCGACCGAAUGAAAGGCAGAAGGCUGCUGCUGCCAGGCAUGAGCUUGCAGCACUGUAUGGUGGCCAAAGUGAUCAGCUGGCAAUCAUAGCUGCUUUCGAGUGCUGGAAGAAUGCAAAAAGAAAGGGUCUAGAAGGACGUUUUUGUUCACAAUACUUCGUCUCUUCAAGCACUAUGAAUUUGCUGUUUGGCAUGCGGAAGCAGCUUCAGGGUGAACUAAUACGGCACGGAUUUAUUCCUGAUAAUGUCUCUAGCUGUAGUCUAAAUGCAAAUAACCGUGGAAUACUCCAUGCGGUCCUUGUGGCUGGUUUGUAUCCAAUGGCUGGGAGGGUACUCCCACCAAAACUGAGUAAACGAAUGAUUAUAGAGGCUGCCAAUGGCUCUAAAGUUCGGUUAAACACUCGUUCAGUUAAUUCAAAGUUAUCACCCAAGCAAUCAGAUUAUUUGAUUAUGUAUGAUGAAAUAACCCGUGGGGAUGGGGGUGUGUUCAUAAGAAACUGUACUGUUAUUGGACCACUUCCAUUGUUAUUUCUUGCUACAGAGAUUGCAGUGGCUCCUAUAAAAGGCAAUGUUUAUGGUGAAGAUUAUGGCGAUGACGAUGAUGAUGGAAGUGAUGAUGUUGAUGCGUGCAAUACUGAUGGAGACAUUUCUGCGGUUAGUAAGUCCAGUGGAAAAGAAGAAAAGGUCUUGUCCUCGCCCGAUAAUUCCGUUAUGGUGGUUGUUGAUCGGUGGCUAUCAUUCAAAUCAACAGCACUUGAUGUUGCUCAAAUCUACUGCUUGAGAGAGCGAUUAUCGGAAGCUAUCUUAUUCAUGGUAAAUCAUCCAGGCAAAGUUCUUCCUCCUGCUCUUGGGGCAUCUGUAUAUGCGAUAGCUUGCAUUCUAUCUUACGAUGGGUUAUCAGGCAUCCCAGAGCCAGCAGAAUCUGUACAUUCUCCGACUUCGAAGGUGCAUUCUACUGAUAUCAAUAAACAUAUGCCAGGGAUGGAAGAUGCGAGUCGUAGUCCGAGCAGGUUCCUUUUAUCACUUGUGAAACGAAGCCCCUAUGACCACAUAGCUUUCCAGAAAGCUGCUAAGGUCCCUGAAGACGGGGAUGUAACAAAUGGAGAUGAGCCCUUAAGUUGCAAGCAGCAGUCACCUGUAAGGCCAGUCAGAACGAGGGUAGAUCAAGCUGCAUCACAGGACCCUGUAUAGGUUGCCUGUAGUACAGGUGCUUCUAAAUUACAGAGCUCCGCCGGGGACGAUUCUUGCAAGCGGCAACGAGGGAAGAGGUCUAUGUCAAGGCAGUGAAUGGUAAAACAUAUUUUGGAAACAAAGAGGGGGUAAAUCGUGGAUUAUGCCCAUAGUUUUGAGGGUUUUGCAUUUUCAUACAAGGCAUCCUUUGUUGAGUCAUUUUCUGAGUUACAAGCUGACGUAUAAGUUGCAUGAACUAGGGAAGGGAAUAUUACUACUAACCUUUGUCAUCCCAUCAGCUGUGUUAUGUGA